UGUGUAAUAAAUGGUACUGCCAAAAUUGAAUGAUCGACUUGUCAUUUUAGAAAUUAAGCAGGUAAGACUUUUGUCACGGAAAAGGUAGGAACAACGGUGUUAAGUGUCAGUGAUAUCUGGCAGAAACGUUUUUCUUUAAACACAACUUCUUUUAAUGAAAGUUUUGUUGGAUCUGCACCAAACGUGGUGUGUAAGUUUAACAUAGUUUGACAACUCUGAAAAAUUGUGAAAAUUCACAGAAGAUUAGAAAUUUGUUUAAUAUAAUAUAUUGUAAUGUAUAGUUCAACUAUAUGGUGCACAGUACAUGAGUCAAUUAAGUAUAGGCCCAGCUUGUUAACUGUAUUUUCCCGGCCAUAAGACUACUUCAGCCAUAAGACGAGGACCUACUUCGACCAAUAUUAAGUCGAGGGAUGGAUAGAUCUAGAGCUCAGAAAAUUGAGAGAGGAACAUGAGUGUGUUUGGUUAUGCAGCCAGAAGUCGACCCUUGACUUCAGAAGUAAUAGCUUGACAUACUGCCAGGAUUAUAUGAUUAUUACUGCAUGGGAAUUUAUUGGAUAAUCAAGUGAGCGACGGCAGUCACCUGACCCUUGUACCAAAUAUGGAAACAGGAACUGCGAACAAAACUUCCAACUGUCGAGUCAUGCAGGCCUUGGAAAAUCUCUCCGAGUCACAGGUGAAUGAUUUUCUCACUGGCCGGGCCCCGUUGUUAUUGGCGAUGAAGCUAGGUGAACAUAUGAUGUUUGUGCAAUUGCAAUUAUCAACGUCAUCGUGUAGUUCUCGGCGGCGGACAUUGCUGGGUGGAAAUCCAGCACAUUGCAGUAAUAUGAACAAUCAUACACAACCACGUGAGAAGCCAAACUGUGCGUGCAAUCCAUCAACAGCUAGUCCAGUCCCAGCAAGUCAAGCUCCAGGAGCCAUUAUUGACAGUGUAAAUCAUCUAGGUCAAGGGGUCUAUUCAGGGACUUUUUCUGGCACGUUAGACCCUACAUUGCAAGACCCGACUGGGCGACCGAAACGUGACAUUAACACUAUUCUCCAGAUUUUGAAUGACCUCCUUUUAGCUUCGCCUCAGCUACGACAGUCUGCUGGAAAUGUAACCACUACUCCAGCUGAACGAAAUGAAUAUCUACAGCAAACUAGCAAGACUGUUUUAGGUGAGACUGUUGAUCAGACUGAUAAUAACCGGGUAGAGGACUCAUUACGGGGAAAGGUACAAACUUUGCAAAAAAUGAUGCAGGAGAGAAAACUGCGGCGCCAACAAAAACGUGGACUGAAAGCUCCUUAUCAGUGGUCUAGUAGAGUGUCAUCAGCACGGCAGCGAAUGCACACUUCAGUGAAAUUUGAAUCACCUUUGGGGAUGGAUCGAGACGUCACCAAGACCGAAAACCAUGCUGCCUCUGAUGCAACAUUUUCAACGGCGUCUGCAACAGCAAUAGAACAUGAAAGUGUACUAGUUUGAAGCUAGCCCAGGCUGAAAAUUGGUUUACACAUUUGGAGUGUCUAACUCUUUAGACACAUUUUGUCUGGAGGCCAUUUUGUCUGCAAUGGCAGCCAUCUUUGUUUUUUGAAGGAUGGGAUGUUGGUGGUGGUUUUGAUUGGUUUAAACAGUUUGACCAGUCAAACCAGAAGGCACAUUUAUUGGGCAGUUGAUUGGGUUGUUCCAUUUUUUUCUGAUGGGAGUCAUACUAUUUGUGUAGUACGAUGUACAUGAAUGUAUUCACAUGUACAAGCUGUUAUACUGUUUAUGUGAAUGGGACACAGAUAUGUAAAAGAAUAUGCUUGGGAAUUGUAUCCAUGAUAAUGGUGUGUUGCCAAGGGUUGUCCAAAGGGAUAACCAGUUUACUUAUUGUAUGAUUUGUAAACUUGGUAACUGUAUGUCGAGGGGAUAAUAAGUUUGUUGGUUUGUAACUGCCCAAAGUGCCAUUUUGUUCUACUGCUUCAUCAUUAUAGCCUUUUUUCACUUGCAUACAUAUUUUGUAACUAGAAACGUAUUUCAUAGUGGGAUAUAAUUGCACAGAAUUUUCUUAGUCUUUCAUAAACAUUUCUGUCAUUACUGUAAAAUGUUCUCCU